GAUCUCGCAAUUUCAUAUUCCCCGGAACUCGCGCGCCGCUGACUUCCUCCGCACUCUGAUCGAUGAAGACGGAAGCGUCGGCGCCCACUAGCCGGCACGUCGUCGUCGAUCCCAACCAAAACCCUCCUCCUCUCCUCGUCUCCACACCACACCACAGAGGAGCUCGUCGUAAGCACUAUACAUCUGGGAGCAAAGCGCUCCUGGCACAAGCCAGCCAUCGCGCCAGGAUCGAGCGACAAGACAAGAUACGCUAGCUACGCUAGUUAAGUAGCUCUCGGUCGUACGUGGUAUGGCGGCCGGGGGGCUGGGGCGGCCGGGGAGGCCGGCGCGCGGCGGGAACAAGCAGAUGCAGAAGACCAUCAACAACGUCAAGAUCACGCUCAUAUGCGGCUUCAUCACCAUCCUCGUCCUCCGCGGCACCGUCGGCAUCAACCUCAUCGCCUUCUCCGGCGACGGCGGUGGCGACGCGGCAGCUGACGCCAAGGUUGCCGAGGACAUCGAGCGCAUUCUCCGCGAGAUUCGCUCCGACUCCGACCCCGACGAGGGUGACCAGCCCGUGGAUGCGUCUUCAGGCAACUCCACGACCAUGCCCGUCGUAGAGGAGAAGAACUACACCCUCGGCCCCAGCAUCACGCGGUGGAACGCCAAGCGCCGCCAGUGGCUAUCCCAGAAUCCGGGGUUCCCUUCCCGCGACGCGCGGGGCAACCCGAGGAUCCUGCUGGUGACCGGGUCGUCGCCGGGGCCCUGCGACAACCCGGCCGGCGACCACUACCUCCUCAAGUCGACCAAGAACAAGAUCGACUACUGCCGCAUUCACGGCAUCGAGAUCGUGCACAACAUGGUGCACCUCGACCGCGAGCUCUCCGGGUACUGGUCCAAGCUGCCUCUGCUGCGCCGCCUCAUGCUGUCGCACCCGGAGGUGGAGUGGGUGUGGUGGAUGGACAGCGACGCGCUCUUCACCGACAUGGGCUUCGAGGUCCCGCUCUCCCGUUACGAGGGGAGCAACCUCGUCAUCCACGGCUACCCUGAGCUCCUCAACAAGCAGCGCUCCUGGGUGGCCCUCAACACCGGCAGCUUCCUGCUCCGGAACUGCCAGUGGUCGAUGGAGCUGCUGGACGCGUGGGCGCCCAUGGGGCCCAAGGGCCGCGUCCGCGAGGCGGCCGGGAAGGUGCUGACGGCCAGCCUGACUGGCCGGCCGGCGUUCGAGGCGGACGACCAGUCGGCGCUCAUCCACCUGCUGCUCACGGAGAAGGAGCGGUGGAUGGAGAAGGUGUACGUGGAGAACGAGUACUACCUCCAUGGGUUCUGGGCGGGGCUGGUGGACAAGUACGAGGAGAUGAUGGAGAAGCACCACCCGGGGCUCGGCGACGAGCGGUGGCCCUUCAUCACGCACUUCGUCGGAUGCAAGCCCUGCGGCAGCUACGGCGACUACCCGGUGGAGCAGUGCCUCACCGGCAUGGAGCGCGCCUUCAACUUCGCCGACAACCAGGUGCUCAGGCUGUACGGGUUUAGGCACCGGUCGCUGACCAACCCCAAGGUGAAGCCGGUGGCCAACCGGACGGCGAGCCCGCUCCAGAACAAGGAGGCGUCUCUCAAGAUGGACGCCAAGAUCGAAACUUGAGUGGAUGACAAAGAUUUUUCAGAGGUUUUGCUGUUGGACUUCCAGGUUAGGCACAGCAAGAUGCCACGUUUUUUGCUGUUUUAAUUGAAUACUGGGCAGGAGUAAUAGGAUUGCUGCAGAUUGUCAAUCUCUUUGCUGUUUUGGCUCCAGGACGAAAUCAAAAACAGAGAGUGCUGAAGCUUAUUUUUGUUCUAAGACAGAGUUUAAAAAAAUUUAAUCACCUCGAGUUGAAUGGUUUCAUUUUAGGCGAUUAUUUGUGGUA